UGUUACGAUUUGCAUAAUCACUGCGUAGAUGGACUACAUAAGAUCGAACUACAAGAAUUUUAGUAUUGGGAAUUACUAUAAACAUGUAAAAGCAGAGUUCAGAGAAACCUCCGAGGAGGCCUUUAGGUCAAUAAUCUGUAAGAUAUGCAAUUUUGAACUUGGCAAGAAAUCAAGAUCCUUGAUAGAGUUUGCUUAUAGUAUACGUGACUCAAAGUUUGAGGUCCUGAAAUCACAAGAAGCAGAAUCAUAUUGGAACGACGUGCUAUCGGCUCGCACAAUAAAUAAACGUAUGCAUGCUCACUUGUUGAGCGAGGAUUCUGUGGCUGAGGCCAUUCAUAACCAUGAGGCUAAGAAAAAUAAGACACUGGAGAAGCACCCGAAUCAAGAAGAGUCUCAAAGAACUAAUGAUAACUUCAGGAUUAACUUAUUCAAGAGCGGAUAUGCAGUUUUAAAAAACCAGCCAUCCACCUCUCAUCUCCAAGCCGUGGACGACGCCAUAGCCACUCAUCAGCCAGUAGUAUUCUCAGCCUCGUCCAUUCCAUUUAUUAUAAAUACUCUUUAUUUUUCCUCUUCUUAAAUCUUUAGUUAACUUUAACAUCAAUAAACCCUGACAAG